AGAAUAGAAGUAAACAAAUCAUUGAAUAUUUCCGUACAUUAAACUAUAUUACUAAUUGUUAUGCUAAAUGAAUUAAUAACGUGGGUGUUAAACACCUAUCUCGGCAAAUAUCUUGAAGAUUUUAACCCAGCUCAACUAUCUAUAGCUCUUGUGUCAGGUGAAGUUGAAUUAGAAAAUGUUCCAAUUAGAAAAGAUGCUCUUAGAUCAUUUGGAAUACCCGUGGAAGCUCUAUCUGGAAGUAUUGGAAAAAUUAAACUACAGAUUCCUGUAAGACAAUUUCGAACUUCUCCUUGGUGUAUCGUUAUUGAACGUGUAUAUGGUGUAUUCGGACCCAAAAAUUUAAACGAGUGGGAUGAUGAGAAGGAAAAACAAGACGAAUAUGAAUAUAAACUUAAUCUAUUGGACGCCAAAGAAGCUACUUGGAGAGUGGAAAAUGACUGUAAUGUGGAAAGCUAUUAUUCAUUGUCAUAUUCAAGCUGGUUAAAUUACGGUGCAACAUUGGCUACCAAUAUUUUGGAAAAUUUGGAGUUAAAAAUUAUGGAUGUCCAUUUACGAUAUGAAGACACAGUCACAGCGCCUAAUUAUCCCUUUUCUGCUGGCAUACGAAUAAAAUCUCUUUCGGCACAAACAUGUGAUGGCAAUUGGAUGCCUGGAUCAAAGAACAACGAUAGUAAUAAUGUUUGUUAUAAAUUGUUGGAAUUAAAAGAUUUAUGUUUUUAUUGGGAUCAACUGCAUGACAUUAACAUGUGCUCCAAAUUAACUUCGAAAGACCUUUUGGCAAACAUGAAUGAUUUAUGCAACGUGGAAACCCACAGAUUUGUAAUAAAUCCUAUAAAUGCUACUGCUAAAUUUAAAAGAGAACGUUGCAAACAGGCUAUAAGGAAUAAAAGUCGUCCCAGAAUAUCAUGUGAUGUUGUUCUACCUCAAGUCAUAGUAGUGCUGAAUGAAGUGCAGUAUAAGGAAAUUGUAAAAUGCAUAUCAUUUCUUCAGAGAAUUAAACGAAUAAGAUCGUUUAAAAUUUCCAGACCGAGUAGUAAAGUUGGAGGAAACGCAAAAAUUUGGUGGAAAUAUGCAUUGACAUGUCACGGAUUUAAUUUUCGGAGUAGCGAGGAAAAGUGGAAAAUUGCCAAAGAGAACAUACGUUAUAUCAAUAUAUAUAAACGCUUACUAAUUAAUCCAACGGAAAGUAUAUCAAAAGAGGAUAAACAGUUUAAAAUAGAAAUGGAAAAAGUUCGAUGUCUUGACGAACUUAAAUUUCUUAGGGAAAUCAGUUGUGGUAAUCUUUCUGCCAAAGGAUUAAAUGUGAGAAGUAGAAACUUGAACCAAGGCAAAGGUAUUUUGUACCAUUGGUUUCCGAAUUGGCUUGGUUGGUAUGGGAACACUUCAACGGCAGACGAUGAAAACUAUGAAAAAAUAGAGGAUGAUAUUCUGAUUGCUAUUAAGGAAACAAUUGAAAAUGACACAUUCUCAAAUAGAGAUGCAAUAUUUGCAAAUUUUACUUUUGCUCUUUCCGAGGGUCGGAUCUCUUUGAUGUCAGGGCAAAUUACCCAAAAUAUGGUUGCAUUAGAAAUGGAGUUUCAAAAUCUUCUAUCUUUUAUAGAAAUUAAACCAAAAUACACUUCGUAUUGCGUGGGAAUAUCAUUGGGUUCAGUAUGUUUAAAUGAUAAACUAACGAAUUUGACGGAAUUUCCAUACAUAAUAAGACCACAAAUUCAAGAAAACCAGAAAUCCCUGUAUAGUAAUUUUAUAGGACUUUUUACAAAAAAAGAUAUAAUUGACGGUAAAGAACCAUGGUUCCAGUUGCAAUAUGAAAAAAAUCCCGCCGAACAUCAAUCGGAUUACAGAUUAACAAUUAACUCUAAAAGUCUUGAUGUAGUCUAUAACGAAAGUACAUUUAAAUGGCUAAUAAGCUUUUUCACAAACCCGAUCAAUGAUCUAAAAACAAAUAUAUAUAUGAUUUCCGAAAAAGAACAUAACGAGUCUCGUUUGAAAUUCUUUAAGAACUGGAAAAGUGUACUAAUAGGACAAAAGGAUUAUAGGAAAAAGUGGUCUUUUGAGAUUGACAUUUCAGCGCCUAGAAUAAUAUGUGUAGACAAUUUUAAGGAUAAGAACACAUCUGUAUUUGUAAUAGAUUUCGGCCGAUUUCAGCUUUUUAAAAAUGAACGCGAUAGUAGUAGUUUUGCUUUAUUUAAAGACAAUCCUGCAGAUGUGGAUGUGGAUAGUGAAGAUGAACUUUUUAUGACGCCAUGUUCAACACCACCGGGAUCAAAAGUUAGUCCAUCUGAUUUACCGACAACAAUUGCGUCAACGAGCCACGAGAUGUCCACCAUUUCAAAAUUUGUCAUAAACAAAGACACUGGAUUAGAAAAUACUUUACAUAGUGAAAUAUAUGAUAAAUAUAAAAUAAAUCUUACUGACCUACAAGUUCUUGUAUGUAAAAAUCGAGAAUAUGGAUAUGUCUGUUCCAAAACGUCGUCUAGUUUUCAUUUGCUGGACAAAUUUAAUAUAUCAAUUCAGGUAGAAAGGCGCAUUAUUAAUACAUCUGAUCCUGAAUAUCCUGCGAUAACAUUGUUUGGAAAUCUGACCAAAAUCGUUGCACAUAUUAAUGAACAAAAAAUAACGGAAAGCUUACGAAUUUUAAAUCAAAUUACAUUGGAAAUAUACAAACCAACUAUUAACUCAGACUUAAAUCCUAAUAAUGUGCCUUAUGGUGAAACACUAUCCGAUGACAAUAAUGAAAUAAAGGAAAGUUCAAAUACUACAAUUUUCCAAUUUGUAAUAGGUCAGAUGAUUCUAGAAGUUCAGUCGAGAGAAAAAAGCAUCGCCGAACUUCAAAUUAUCGGCGCAAAAGCAGGAAUAACAAAAAAGACUGGAGAAAUUAGUAUCAACAUGUCUGUUCAUGGCUUCUUAUUAGUAGAUGCAAUUCAGUCUUUUGGUCACGAUUUUGAGUUGCUAAUUGCAAGUCAUCGUCAUGUUGAGAUGGAUAGCAUAUCUGGAAGUCUAAAGCAAAGUGAGCCAUGUUCUCCAAUUUCCCCAGGAUCGCCUGAUCCCAAUGGAUAUCAAAGACCAACAAGCCCACACAUCAUAAAUAAAGUUGUGGACGACUUACAAUUAGCAAAAGGUUAUGAUUGUGAUGCCUUAAUUACGAUAUAUAUCAACAUCGUUGAAUCCACGGACGGCGUUGAACCCAUACAAAUUGCAAAUAUAACAUUCAAUAAUUUGGACGUUAUAGCUAAUCAAGAGACGAUUGUGGAACUUCUUGGCUUUGGAAAACGAAUAAUUGACAAUUAUAAAUUGUAUCAAAGCAACCUUAAGACACAAGACAGUAAAGUAAAACCUAAUGAACCUAAAGACGACGUGGGAGUUGAAAAAGUUAAGACUGAAAUCAAUUUUGAUUUCCAUCGCCUAAACAUUCUAGUAUUAAGAAGCUCAAGAGUUGAGAAUGGAAAUGUUGGACGUAAAGUUGGAACUCUUACAAUGAGUGAAGCAAAAAUACAUGCAACACUAGGAAAGGAUUUAUGUGUAGCAGGUGCAUUAGGCGGCAUACAAAUUAUUGACAUAACUCCCGAAGGUUUUAAUCACCAGCGUAUAUUUUCCGUGGGUAAGGAUCCACUAACAGAUCUCCCGAAUAUAUUUAAAGAUGAUGCGUUGUAUACACUUACUAAUGAAAUGUAUGGGAUGGAUGAUGACGAAUUUCAAUAUACCAACGCUUUAAGUUUUAAAAUAACACAAAAUAAAAAUUCCACAGUAGUAAUAAAGGUGCGAAUGGCAUCCGUUUGGUAUACUCAUUGUCCCAGAUUCAUCGAAGAAAUAUAUUUAUGUGUUAAAGAAUUUAAACAAUAUUUUAAAAAUUUUGUGAAAUCUUUACGCAAUAAAGCCACACAUAUGGCAAAAGGUCUUGUACAUCACAUGAGUUCAACCCGGUUAAAAAAAUAUAACAAUACAUUUGGAGAUAUUUCGCUUGAUGUUAUACUUAGUACACCAGUAUUAGUUUUGCCGCGAUCAUGUAAGAGUGCAGAGGUUUUAGUUGCUAACUUGGGCAAAAUAACAAUAUGUAACACCCACGAGAGUUUUGAGAAUUGUUCGGAAACUAUAACCAGAGAUACAUAUUUUAUUGAUAUUAGAAAUGUUAACCUGUGCUCAUUAAACAUUGAUAAAAGAAACGAUGUCAGUUCCAAAGUUCUACCCAAAGCUAACGAAAUAUAUUCAUGUCAUAAAGACGCAGUGGCAAUAUUGUAUGAUACCGCUCUUCUGUUUCAAUGUAUAUAUGAAUCUGGAUCAUCUAAAGCAGCCAGAGAAUGGGAUAAACGCCAAACGCUCUUAAUUGAUGGAAGUGUCACUCAAAGCUUAAACAUAUGCUUAUCUAGAUCACAAUAUGAACAGCUUAUUGAAUCCUUAGGUUAUGCAACUAAUAUUAUGCUUUUGAAAGAUUCAAUCAGUAAAACAGAAAAAGAAGCUGAAACAUUUGAAGAAGCUGUUGUUGCCGACCUGCCAAAAACUAAUGAUUUCGAUAAAAUUUGCGUACAGUUUUCAGUGCCCAUCUUUAAACUUGAUCUGAAAAAUGAGCACAAUAUAUCUCUUAUACAUAUAACAUUACAAGAAUUUAGUUUUCAUAACAAAGACACCACACUACAAAAGGAGGUUCAAGUGUUACUACGAUCCGUUAUUAUGGAAGACUUAAAAUGUCCAACAAAUUCAAAAUACAGAAAUAUGGUAGACUCUUCAAGUGAAAAUGAUAAAAAUACUAAUUUAUCGAGAAAUAAACUUUCCCGUUCGUGUACAGAUUUGUCAAAUUUUCAAAAUUUUGAUAUUCUCAAUAGAUGUAUGUCUAUGCCGAUAAAUUUAAAUGAAAAAACUGUAACUAAUGUUAAUAGUAACAGUUCCAAUAAUAAAGUUUUAAAAAAAAUCGAUCUUGAAAUUAAUCAAAAGAUAAAAACAGAAAAUUUAGUAAUAUACAAAUCGCUUACAACCAAGUAUGCAGACUCUGAAAAAACAGGAGAAACCAAAAGCUCGAUUGACUUUAACAGUCUAAAUUUAAUUAUAUCUAUUGAAAAAUGGUUUAUGGUAUUCGAUUUCUUUGGACUUAUUACAAAUCAAGCAGAAAAGACAGAUGAUCAAAGAAAACAGAAAUCUUGUAACAAUCAAACUGUUUGCAAGAGGGAAUUACAGAUAUCAGUACGGUCUCUUAACCUCAUUUUGGUUAGAAAUGAGUCUGAAUUGUCAAAAGCUAACAUAUCGAAUGUAAUCCUGUAUAUUAAGAAGGUAGAUGCAAUUGAAUCAAUAGACGGACGGUUGGGAUCAAUUUCUUUGUAUGACUUAACACCAUAUGGCUAUUUGUAUCAAGAAAAGUUUUCCACAUCUGGAACAGAGGCAUUGAGUUUUACAUAUGAAAGUAUAAAUUCCAGCAAAACAAAAAAUCCAACAAGAUCACUAGAUAAAGAUGCUACUUUGUUACUUUUCAUGUCAUCCGUUAAAUAUGUGCAUACCAAGAGGUUCAUCGUGGAAAUUCACUUGUUCGUGCAAGAGCUAUUGCAACUACAAUCGCCAGUCAUGAACCGAAUUAAAAAAAAUGACACUGCGCAAAAUCCAAACAAUAGUGGUUUAAAAAUUGGAUUGGAAAUACAUGCAGAAUCUCCAAUUAUUUUAUUGCCAGUAUCGUAUAAUAGUAAUCAUUUGUUAAUUGCUGACCUUGGCAAAUUCACGCUAGUGAACAGUUUUCACUACGCCAAAGACUUGAGUUCCUUAAAUGAAAAGCGAACCGAAUUGAUGGUUUACAAUGAAAUUGUUGAUUUAAUGAACAUUGACCUUGUAAAUAUAAAUGUUCUUACCGGUGAACGUCAGAAUAAUAAUCAGAGGAGUCCCACAGUUAAAAGCAACCUCAAUACACUUCAUGUUGGUAAUUUCAGUGUCAUAAAGCUUGGCAAUGCGAUAUUUAAAGAAAAGUGCCAUUUAAAGUUACAAGUCAUAAGGAACACUGAAUCAAAUGUGAGUCAUAAUAUUCCAGAUAUAACAGUUAAAGGGACACUUUCAGAGCUUCAUGGGCUUAUUAAUUUGCAACAAUACAAACUUAUUCGAGGCUUUCUUAAUUACAACAUUGCGGAGACUAUAGAUGAUGUGUACUACAAUUUUCAAGUUAAUCUCUGCGAAUCUAUUGAGAAACUCUGCUCAAUGACGAAAGUAAAUGUAACGCACAAUAUUCAAUCGAAUUGGAAUACUUUAUCAAUGAAUUUUCUUUUAGAAAAUGUAAUAAUAUCUCUAGCAGAAACAGUUGAGAUGAGCAACCAUAAUUCAAGUUCUACAUUGGCCUGCAUUAAAUUUAUAAAAUCAACUCUGGAAAUUGACUCAUUUGCAGAUGGCUCACAGGAUAUUGAUUUAAUUUCAAGCGAAAUUCUUAUUAUGGACGCCAGGAGUCAUUUUGCAGGUUCCGCUUCAAAGAAUGUAUUCAAAUACAUUUUGAAACCAUCAAUUGAAGGUUGCUCUAAAAAUGUGGUGCAAGCUGAAAUCCACAGCCGCAAACGAAACGAUACAUCGAAAUACACAAUACUUUUAAAUAAUAUGAGAAUAAUGGCUAUUCUAGAUUACUUGGAAAAACUAAAUAACUUUUUAAAGGAAGACCCGUACAUGUCAUCAGAAAUAAGCCAAGCUCUAAAAAAAAUGACAAAUAUUUCAACUCCACAAGAAUCAGUUAAGACAACGGCAUGCUCUGAGAACAACUCUAUAUAUGAAUUUGUAUUGAACAUUACUAAUUCGGAAAUAGUGUUUGUAGAAAACAAUGAUCAAAUUGAUACAAGUGCUAUAAUAUUGAAAAGCACAACGGUUUAUUCACACAAACCAAACAGUAUUGUUCCAAUUUCAAUCGAUAUAAACCACCUCGAGAUAUUCUCUUGUAUUUUGGGAUCCGAAAAUGAAAGUUCUCAGUCAAUUAUUGAUCCUUUUACGCUUAAUAUGGAGCUGCGUAACAAUUGUUUUCAAGUCCAGAUUCAAAAUAAAACUUUUCUUCGUAUUUCUUACAACGAUGCGAUGCUGUUUUCCCGAAUUAUGCAGUCUAUACCAAAGCAGACAAACACGCAUGUCUUAAGGCAUUCUAACCAACGCAAUGACUUCGACAAAAUAGCACCAUUAGUUGCAAUGGGCUUUAAACAUGCAGAUUGUUGGAAUGCAAUGGAGGUGAACGGUUUUAAUAUUAAUGAGGCUGCUGUUUGGUUAUCACAACAGAAAUAUAAGAACUCGAGUUCUGCACUUGAAGUAAUUUGUAUUAUGUUGAACGCCAGUUCCUUGUCAGUGUGCAUAAUUGACGAUUGCUUAGAUGCAGACGUACCUCUUCUGGAGAUUUCCCUCUCGAAUCUAACAAUUAAUCAAAAAAUCCAGACUAGAGUCGAAAAGAAUACUAAAUGUUAUGAAGGAGAAAUUGAUGCUGUUAUCGCUAGCGAUUAUUACAAUCGACGAUUAAGCGGUUGGGAGCCAAUAAUUGAACCAUGGCAAUGUACAGGUCGUUGGAAAUACUCGAAGUGUACAGUUGAUAAAGCAAAGUGUUUGUUUAUACAAGCAAAUAGCAAACAGGUUUUAAAAUGUAAUAUUACAUCUACACUUUUAGAGUUAGGUGAUUUGGUUCACAAAAAUUGGACAGAGGAUUACUUUAAGCGGUCUGUUUAUAUAAAUCAUGAUAUCCCAAGUACAAAUAUGGGAAACAAUGUUCGGAGAAGACUUCCAUUCGUGCCUUUUGCUUUGAAAAACUUAACCGGGGAACCACUUAUAUUUAAAAUAUUUUUCUCUCAUGCUGGAGGUAUAACACGCACAGAAGUAACGCAACAAGAUCUAAUGUGCAACUGGAUAUCUGCCCAACACAAUGAAGUAGUUCCAUUCGAUUUUGGUCCUCAAAGUAAAUUAAGACAUUUGGAUUCCCAUAAACUGAACAUGCAUCAGAUACUGGUUCAAAUCCAUGGUUGGACAUUAAUUGGUCCCAUUUCCAUUGAUAAAGUUGGAACAUUUUUCCGUUAUGCUAAUCAAGAUAUGCAAUAUAAUAAAAAGGCGCGCAUUGUUUUUGAAAUUUCACUUGUGGGAUCGGCCCAAAAAUUAAUCGUAGUUCGUUCAGCUUUAAACGCAGUUAAUAAUACAAUGAAUACUUUUCUAUUGCGUCUGAAAAUGAAAAAUGAAAAAGAAUCGAUGCUAAUGACAUUAAAUCCGUUAGAAAAGUUAACAAUACCUUUGCGAUUUGUUGACUCUUCCAUUUAUUUAAAACUCCACUCUAUUGUUGAGAACAAUGAUAAUGACGCUGAUAUUGCGGAGAAAAAUAUUGGAGCAAUGGUUCUCGAAUCUCAACUAGAUGACAAUGGCUUCUGUACACGAUCCAUCCAAUGGACACAUUGUAAUACGAAUGACAGUAUUCAGGAUAUACAUUCAUGUUUUUCUCCAAACAAAACGCCAUUUCAUGUACUGACAGAAAUUAAAAAAGAUAGAUAUCCAGUAAGGGACACUUCAUCAAUGCCAGGCCACACAAUAACAAUUAUACCUCCACUUAAGUUGAAAAAUUUGUUGUGCUGUGAUUUACUUUUCAAAAUUAUGGGCCAUACUCACGGUAGACUAAAUGCUUCCGAGGAAGUAGAAAUAUACUCUAUUGACAUUAAUGAAUCAUUUUGUCUCAGCAUCACUUUAGACAAUUAUAAACUAUCUGGCCAGCUUAAAAUUCCAAUGGGACAUACCGGCAUUGUAGAGCCGAAGUUAAAAUUGAUUGAUGUUCUUAAUAGAGAACUGUUUUUGCGCAUCUCAAUACAAUCGUUUCAAGGCAAAGGAAUGGAAAUUUAUAUCGGAGCACCAAUUUGGGUCAUAAACAAAACAGGACUGCCACUCAUCUUCAGACAAGAAGGAACGAACCUUAUAGCAUCUGGACAAUUUGAUGAACACGAACAUGCCAGGGAAGUGUCACCUCUAAUGUUUUCAUUUUCCGAUCAGGAAGGCUCUCCAUUACUAGAAUUUCGACUAGGAACAAGUUUUGGGAAUAACAACCAGUGGUGCAAGAGUUUUGGAAUCCAUAAAGAAUCUACUUUCCGCGAGUUGAAGGCAGAACAAUCAAAAAUUAAUUAUGUCAUUGGUGUAAAUGUGCAGAGAGGAACUGGAGUAUAUAGUUGUACAACAUUUAUUACACUUACUCCUCGUUUUCAACUGUAUAAUAGAAGUACAAACAGGCUGGAAUUUGCUCAGAAGUGCGAUAUCAAGGAAAUGAAAACAAUUUCAUCAGAUAAAGUAAUAAUUGCAUUACCAGGAUGCAAUUUCCCCUUUCAUUGGCCAAAUUGUGAGCAGGAGCCGUUGUUGUGUGUGAGAGUAGCAGAUGAUGAGUAUUCUCAUUGGUCCAGCGGGUUGCCAGUAAAUGAAGCAAAAAGCCUCUAUAUUAACGUUAGAAAUGAGUUAGGUGAAAUGAUAUUUUUACGUUUGGAAGUUAUAUUGCAUGGAGGAACAUACCUUUUACACUUUACGGAUGCUAGUACUUUGCCACCACCAAUAAGAAUUGAUAAUUAUUCCGAAGUUUCAAUAUAUUUUUCUCAAAAAGGUAUCGAACCACAUUGGAGAACUAAUGUUAAACCACAGUCGUCACUGGCAUAUGUAUUAGAUGAUCCUAUAGGACCACAAGCUUUAUUUCUAGAAGCACCUGGUGGCAAUUUUAUUGAAUACUCCAUCAACAAAACCGGUGCUGCUAAAAGCAUUACAUACGCAAAUUUCAUAUAUAUUGCUUUCAAGGAAACAUUUCGACUAGUUUUGUCUGAUUGUGAUAACAAAAAUGUAGGAAUAGAAGGGCAACAAUUAGUUUUAGGCGUUAAGGACAAGCGAGUAAUAAUAACUAAAAAGUGUACAGGUGACCGCUCUCAACUAUGGCUAAUGAAUUCGUAUGGUCAAUUAGAACAUGAAGGUUCUUCUCCUCCUACGGAAUUUUCCAAGUCAACACAUCCAACGCCUCGCUUAGUUUUAGAUCUAGAAAAACCGCCAAAUCCUACCGACUAUACUAAGCUCGUUGUGCGACCACAAAAUAAUCAAAGAGUUACCACACAAACCUGGCGUUUCGAAACCGGAAGACUGAUGUGUCAUGCAAAUAUGUGUGUACAGGCUGCAAAUGGAGUAUAUGGAUUACAGCCUGGUUUUGAUGCUGUUUUGGGUAGAAUUGAGACCAGCUCUAGAGCUUCGAAUUCAAAUAAUAUUCCAUUUGAACAAAGUAUUGAAAUUCAAAAAUUACGGCCCGGUUCCGGACAUCUCGAAGUAAUUAAUAAAAUGGAUGGUCCGAUAAAAUCUAUACAAAUACGCGAUGUUAAGUUGAAUUCUGAUGAAAUAAUUCUUGCUCCAGAUCCACUGUGGAAUCAUGCAUCUGUUUUUAACAAGGGAAUGACAGAGAACAAUAAUUUGGCUAUUUUGGAUGAAUUAAUGAUUAAACUUACGCUGUUGAAAGGAUUGGGUAUUUCUAUAGUCACACGAUCACCUUGCGAAGAAUUAGCUUAUGUGACUUUAGAAGACAUCAUAUUUGAUAUAACGCUAUUGCCUUUUACAAAGUCUAUAGACUUAAAAGUCGGAGAUUUACAAAUAGAUAAUCAGCUGUUGGAAACGCAAUGCCCUAUAGUGUUAUACACUUGGAAGACAAAUACGGAAAAUUCAAACCGGGAGGCAUUAAUUUUAAGAGCAAAAUUAUUACCAAGUCCAAAUAAAAAUGCUGUUAUAUUUGAAUAUUUCUCUUUUGACAUUAACCCUUGUACUGUUGUACUGGAAGAAAGAUUUAUUCUUAAAACUGCGUUAUUUUUGGGAUAUAAAAAACAUUCUCAUCGUCAUGAUAAAUUAGCUGAUAAUCACAUAUACCGUAUCUACGAAAAUCCGUUUUCGAAAAAUGCUAAAAGAUUUUACUUUGAAAACUGUUCAAUUGGAUCAACCCAGGUACGACUCAGCGUUUUAACAGCACCGAAAUUGAAUGCUGAACUCUUUGAAAUAAAAAAAUCCUUGGGACUAACUCUAAUUAAGUUCGAAGAUGCUGUCAUCGAAUUUGAUAAAUUCUCUGAUAGACAUCAUUUUGAAACAUUAGAAGUCUAUGUGAAAGCACUUAAAGCUCAUUAUAUGAAUCAGUUAAAAUGGCAUGCUGCAUCAAUUCUAGGUAGCGUUGAUUUUUUGGGAAAUCCAUUGGGAUUUGCAAAUGAUUUAUCUGAAGGAGUGUCUGGCCUCAUUUUUGAGGGUUCAGUUAAAAGUUUAGUUAAAAAUGUUACACACGGCAUAUCCAACUCUACUGCUAAGUUGACCGAAACAUUAUCUGAUAGCCUUGGAAGAGUCGUUUUAGAUGAACACGAUAAUGAAACAAGACAAAAAAUAUUAGAAGUUGCGUAUCCCACUUCUGGAGGCCAUUUAGCAGCUGGACUAAAGGGUUUUGGAUUUGGAUUACUUGGUGGAGUCACAAGCAUUGUUCGUCACACUUACGUUGGAGCACAGUCUGAUGGUCUUCCUGGAUUUUUAAGUGGUCUCGGCAAAGGUAUUGUAGGUACGGUCACAAAACCUUUGAUAGGUGUUCUUGAUUUAGCAUCAGAAGCUGCUAGCGCUGUUAGAGAAACAAGUAGAGGCUCUCAUCACUAUCUGCCAGAUCGUAAACGUUUGCCUCGCUGUGUAACUGGGGCGCCGGGUGGACUUUUGCCAUUCUAUUCCUAUCGGCAAAGUAAAGGUCAGCAAUACCUUUAUAUAAUAAAUCGCCGAAAUUUUUCAGAAAAGCUGAUAUUUUAUGAGCCAAAUCUUUGUAAUGAUAAAGAAGCACAACUAAGACUUUUAGUAUCGACAGAAUAUGUACGAAUUUUUUCAAGGUGCGAAGAAGAUCCUGCAAUUAUGUUUGAAUGCCAUUUAAGCGAAGUUUUAUCAUGUCAUCCACUUACAACUAAUACGACUACAUCAAGUAAAGUUCUGGCAAACUACUAUAUAGAGAUAUCAACAAAUGUACCAAAAGUCACACGACCAAGAGUCAGAUGUCAAAGUGAAGAUAUUGCUGAAAGAGCUUCAAGAUGUAUUAACUAUGCUAAAGCUGUUUUUGAUGAACGAGAGCUUUCGGUGGUAACUUUUUGAAUAUUUUUGAUAUUAAUAAUACAUCGAUAACAUAAAAAACAAUGGGAAACUUCACGCAUAUGUAAACAUAUUUUCUGUAAUAUAUUUGUUGAUAUAAAUUAUUAAGAAAUGAGAACACUUAUUUUACAAUAUAAAAA